GUCGGCUCCGUCGAGGGCUUGGGCGUGGGGACGGGCGUCGGCUCCGCGGACGGCCGGGGCGUGGGGACGGGCGUCGGCGACGGCGUGGGCCGCGGCGACGGCGCGGGCGUCGGCUCCAGCGACGGCACUCCGAAGGGCGUCGGGAAGGGCGUCGGGACGGGCGUCGGCGUCGGCGUCGGCGCGGGCGACGGCAGCGGCGUCGGCGCGUCCGUCGGGAGGGGCGUCGGCACGGGCGUGGGCGCGGGCGUCGGCGUCGGCGUCGGCGCGGGCGAGGGCCUCGGCGUCGGCACGGGCGUCGGGUGA